GACGGGGACGGGGAAGGGGAGGAGGAGCAGGAGCCGCCACAGCCACCGCGGAGCCGCUCACCUGCCCCCGCCGCCGCCGAGGAGCGGCAGCGCCCUCCCGGCCCCGCCAUGGCCCGCCGGGUGGCCGCCGUCCUGCUGCUGCUCGCCCUCGGCUGCCUCCUGGGCAUCCUCCUGCUCUGCCUCGGCUCCGGGGACGCGCGCGGCCCGCCGGGCUUCAAGUAUGGCAUCGUGCUGGACGCCGGGUCCUCCCAUACCGCUAUGUUCAUCUACAAGUGGCCUGCGGACAAGGAGAAUGACACUGGGGUGGUCAGCGAGCACAGCAUGUGUGACGUGGAGGGUCCUGGCAUCUCCAGCUACAGCUCCGACCCUCCAGCUGCUGGAAAAAGCUUAGAGCACUGCCUGAACCAGGCUCUGAGAGAUGUGCCCAAGGAGAAGCAUGCGGUGACUCCGCUCUACCUGGGCGCUACGGCUGGCAUGCGCCUGCUCAACAUUGCAAACCUCCAGGCCUCGAACGCCGUCCUCAGCACAGUGACAGCCAUGCUGAAGUCAUACCCCUUCGAUUUCCGGGGAGCAAAGAUCCUGUCAGGGGAAGAGGAGGGGGUGUUCGGCUGGGUCACAGCAAACUACCUCCUGGAGAACUUCAUCAAGCGCGGGUGGCUCGGGGAAUGGAUCCAGCCCAAGAAGAAGACCCUGGGGGCCAUGGACUUCGGGGGUGCUUCCACACAGAUCACCUUUGAAACCAGGGACACCAUUGAAGACCCCAGAAAUGAGGUGAUGCUGAAGCUGUAUGGCCAGCCAUACAAAGUGUACACCCACAGCUUCCUCUGCUAUGGAAGGGACCAGGUCCUCAAGAGGCUGCUCUCAAAGCUCCUCCAGGCUGAGAGCUACCAAGCAACUGUCCCCAAUCCCUGCUGGCCCACAGGCUACCGCAAGAGCCUGUCAUUGAGCAGCAUCUACGAUAGCCCCUGCACAGAGAAGGAGAGGCCCAGCCUUCCCCUCAACACCGUCAUCACCAUGGCUGGCACUGGGAAUGGGAGCCUCUGUGCUCUGCACGUCAGCAAGCUCUUCAACUUCACCACCUGCUCCUUCUCCCGCUGCUCCUUCGAUGGCAUUUUCCAGCCUGAGGUUUCAGGAAACUUCAUCGCCUUCUCUGCCUUCUUCUACACGGUGGACUUCAUCCAGACAGUGAUGGAGAGACCUGUGCACUUGCCCAAAGACCUGAAGGAUGCUGCUGAGACCAUCUGUGCCACCAGCUGGAGCGAGCUGCUCCAGAAGGCUCCUAAACUGGAGAAGAGGCUGUCAGAUUACUGUGCUACCAGCAUGUUCGUUUAUUUGCUCACCACCAGAGGGUACAACUUCAACAACCAUUCCUUCCCAAAUAUUGCCUUCCAGAAGAAGGCAGGAGAAACCUCCAUCGGCUGGGCCCUUGGCUACAUGCUGAACCUCACCAACAUGAUCCCAGCAGAGAAACCUGCUUCCCACAAAAGCAUGCUGUACAACUACUGGGUCAUCCUCAUCCUGCUUUUUGUGGUCACCACCCUGACAGCUCUGGUGACUGCUGUCUACCUGCUCCGCCGCAGCAAGUCCAGCGCAAUCUAACUGCAGGGACAGGACAGGCCUUGUCUGCAGGAGCCAGCACCAUCCUUUCUGCCGAAGUCUGACUACUCGGGUUGCAGCAAGUGCUUGGAGAUACUGUCCUCUGACACCCAAUGCUGUCUGCCCUGGAGGGAAAGCUGCCCCUUUUUGCCUUCCCCUUGCUUUCAAGCAGCAGAAAAGGUAGGGAUGGACAAAAGAGGACUGCUGACCCUGCAGUGCAGCAGGAGAAUGUCUUAAGGGUUUCCCAGUACUACUCAGGGAUGGAUGCUAGAGCAGUCUCGAGGUUAGGACAUUUGUAUCUGGGGCAUCUUUCUACCACCAGACCUGGGCUGGACUGGGCCAGUGAGUCCAGACAACUGCAGGACUUUAUUCCCAUGUGCACGCGGAAGGUGGGGAAUAUCACUCUAGUCCGUAUAGCUGACCUCACUAUCCUGUCCCUGGAGAAUCAGCCCAGCCAUUCAGGGGAGCUCCAGGCAUCAGCCAGGACCUACACUGUCUUUCUGGCUGAUGCACAAGCUCCAGUGACCUUCCCGAAUGCCAGAUCUUGACCUGGACUUCCACCUGCCUUGAAAGGGCCCCUUCCACUACCCAAAGGGGCUUUGGGUAGGGGCUAAGCAACAACCAGAGCAAGCAGCUUCCCAGGCCUCUUCUUCAGCAACCAUAUGCAGUGCCUUUCUCAUUCCUGUGGUUCCUAGGCCAGUCUCACCUCUGCCACAGCCAGUGCCUCCUCUGGCUCCUGGGUGCAUGGCUGUGUCAGUGCACAGGUGAUGGACUUGCUGUAUGAGCAAGGCUUUCUGCUGCUUUAGGAUUUGAAUCCUGCAUCACCCCAAGCCAGACAGCUGGGAGGAUGUGCCUUCAUGUCUGAAUGAGUAAAAACAGGGACGUGGAAAUGUGCAGAAAGGUUUGUGUUUUUUUUGUUGUUCUUGUUGAUUUUUUGUUUAUAUAAUCAGAAAUAAAUCUUUGUAACCAUUCCUAUGGCUUUGUCACCAUCAUAGCAACAGGCUGACAAAUCCUGGCUGUCCCACAGGCGUAGUGCUGCUGGUGUGCUCUGCUUGGACACAACCGCAUGUAGAGCUCUGCCUGAAAGACUUGGUCUCUUGCAACCUGCCCAGUGCUCAGACACAGCCAUGGUUUUAUAUGCUUUACCAGUCUGUAGAAUUCCCCCUGACAAGACAAAGUGGGCUUGAAAUCCCACUCCAGGCUUAGGCCCAACUGGAAGUGGAAGCCAACCACAGCUGAGAAGUUCAGGCUUCCUGAGCACCAAGAACUCAGUCACCCCAAAGGUGCAAGUAGGCAGUGCUCGGCAUAGCUCCGUUCCAUGCAGUCACUUCUGCACUCACAGAUGCCCUGUGCACACAGGAAAGGCUUUGUUGUCCAGCCAGGGCAGAACAGCAGUCAGGAAUUUGUCAAUGCAGGUUGCCCUGAGCUGCCAGGCUCACAGAACCACUGCAGCGCCCACCCAGCAGUGGGACAGCUGUGCAGGGCCCAUCCUGACUCAUAGAUCCCAUCUGGUAACAGCCUGCUGCCCCCACCACGUUUCUCCGUGCACCCCCAAGAGAAGAGCAGCUUCUCACUGCCCUCCUUGCUCUUGCAGACAGUACCAGCUCUCCUUGGGUUUGCUCACUUGCUGAUGUCCUUCCCUACCACCGCACUGCACUGAACUUUUCUCUAAGCCACUUUGACUUUAGCUGUUCUGAUGGUUGCUCCCCAUCUCUGUGUAGGGACAAAUGGAGUUCUAGUUUUAGGAGAUGUUCUUAGCCCACACAAGCAGUUUCAAUGCGCAGCCUGUUGUUCUUCCAGAACAGGAGCUCCCUCCGGCGGCCAGAUACAGGUACUCCAAGGUCUCAAACACAAGGAAGCAUUUCUGUUCUUCUCUUUGAAGCUGAACAGCUGCUGUUCUGCUUUAAGAAAUUAGCUUGAUUCAAAAACCAUCUAAGAAAUUCAGCUGCAACUGAAUCAGAGCCGGACAUCCACUAAAAGCAGCCAGGUUGACCUAGUCAUGACUUGGGGUUUGCAGGUAGGAAAAAAAUCAAAAUGAUUCUUGAUCUUCCCAUAUGCCUCUCUGGACAUUUGGGAUUCAAGACAGUACCCUUCCAUCCCUGUGGGUGACAGAUCCGGACGCAGAGUCCGAGCUGGCCACGUGCCAUGACUUGACAGCAAGCGAGGCAGGCGAUGCACAGACUGGGCUUUGGGCAUGCACGCACCCUUGCUCCCUUUGUGAGGGCAAAGAUGGUGCCCAAAGAGGCUGUGCAGCUGCAGGGCUUAACCAGCCCCAUCUGGGAACUCAAGAAAAGCCUUGCUGUUAUGACAGCAAAGAGACUGUGACUGACUAUGCUCAAGAAACAGAAUGCUUGUGGCAACAGCUCUGCUCCCUCACAGAUUAGCCUAGACACGUCCGUGUUUGGAGACAUUUCACAGCCCAGUGCUUUUAGAUUUUAAGUCCUAUAGUCUCAGGGAGACCACAUUACAGAAUCACAGAAUCGUCUAGGUUGGAAGAGACCUCCAAGAUCACCCAGUCCAACCUCUGACCUAACACUAACCAGUCCUCCACUAAACCAGAUCACUAAGCUCUACAUCUAAAUGUCUUUUAAAGACCUCCAGGGAUGGUGACUCAACCACUUCCCUGGGCAGCCCAUUCCAAUACCUAACAAGCCUUUUUCAGUAAAGAAGUUUUUCCUAAUAUCCAACCUAAACCUCCCCUGGCGCAACUUUAGCCCAUUCCCCCUUGUCCUGUCACCAGGCACAUGGGAGAACAGACCAACCCCCACCUCGCUACAGCCUCCUUUAAUGUACCCAUAGAGAGCAAUGAGGUCUCCCCUGAGCCUCCUCUUCUCCAGGCUGAACAAUCCCAGCUCCCUCAGCUGCUCCUCGUAAGCCUUGUUCUCCAGACCCCUCACCAGCUUUGUCGCCCCUUCUCUGGACACGCUUGAGCACCUCCAUGUCCUUCUUGUAGCGAGGGGCCCAAAACUGAACACAGUACUCGAGGUGCGGCCUCACCAGAGCCGAGUACAGGGGGACAAUCACCUCCCUAGCCCUGCUGGCCACACUGCUUCUUAUACAAGCCAGGAUGCUGUUGGCCUUCUUGGCCACCUGAGCACACUGCCGGCUCAUAUUCAGCCGACUAUCAACCAGUACUCCCAGGUCCUUCUCUGCCAGGCAGCUUUCCAACCACUCAUCUCCCAGCCUGUAGCGCUGCUUGGGGUUGUUAUGCCCCAGGUGGAGGACAGCACUUGGCUUUGUUGAACUUCAUACAGUUGGCCUCAGCCCAUCAGUCCAGCCUAUCCGGAUCAUCCUGCAGAGCCCUCGAGCAGAUCGACACACGCACCUAACUUGGUGUCACCUGCAAACUUACUGAGGGUGCACUCGAUCCCCUCAUCCAGAUCAUCGAUAAAGAUAUUAAAGAGGACUGGCCCCAGUACUGAACCUCAGGGGACUCCACUAGUGACCGGCCUCCAACUGGAUUUAAAUCCAUUCACCACGACUCUUUGGGCCCAGCUACCCAGCCAGUUUUUAACCCAACGAAGCGUAUGCCAGUCCAAGCCAUAAGCAGCCAGUUUCUUGAGGAGAAUGCUGUGGGAAACGAUGUCAAAAGCCUAACUGAAAUCAAGGUAGACCACUUCCACAGCCUUUCCCUCAUCCACUAAGCAUGUCACUUUGUCAUAGAAGGAGAUCAGGUUCGUCAAGCAGGACUUGCCUUUCAUCAACCCAUGCUGACUGGGCCUGAUCACCUAGUUGCCCUGUAAGUGCCAUGUGAUGACACUCAAGAUAAUCUGCUCCAUGAGCUUCCCUGGCACUGACAUCAAACUAACAGGCCUAUAGUUUCCCAGGUCUACCCUCCAGCCCUUCUAGUAGAUGGGCGUCACAUUUGCUAGCCACCAGUCGACUGGGACCUCCCCUGAUAGCUAGGACUGCCGAUAAAUGAUGGAAAGUGGCUUGGCCUGCUCUUCUGCCAGUUCUCUCAGUACCCUCAGGUGGAUCCCAUCCAGCCCCAUUGACUUGCGUACGUCUAAGUGCUGUAGCAGGUCACCAAAUGUUUCCUCGCGGAUUAUGGAGGGCCACAUUCUGCUCCCCAUCCCCUUCUACCAGCUCAGGGUACUGGGUAUCCAGAGAACAACUGGUCUUGCUGCUAAAGACUGAGACAAAGAAGGCAUUAAGCACCUCAGCCUUUUCCUCAUCUCUUGUCACCAAGUUUCCCCCCGCAUCCAGUAAAGGAUGGAGAUUCUCCUUAGUCCUCCUUUUCGUGUUUAUGUACUUAUAAAAACAUUUUCUGUUAUCUUUAACAGCAGUAGCCAGAUUGAGCUCCAGGUGAGCUUUGGCAUUUCUAAUUUUGUCCCUGCACAGCCUUACAACGUCCAUAUAGUCUUCCUGAGUGGCUCGCCCUCUUUUCCAAAGGUC